GGCAGCCCAUUAAAUAGAUUGAUGACCAGGCCAACUAACUUGGGAACUAUGUCAAUUGAGACAGUAAACUGACAAAAAGAAGGUUACAAGUUGCACCCAAGCAGGCGUAGUUUAUAAAAUCAAGUCUCUGCCAAAUCAAAUCUAUUAUUUUCAUACAAAAAUGUCGGAGCAAAACGUUGAGACCACUGGCUAUGUGCCCCAAUAUUUUAUAACGCUGCCCCGUAAGAUCAAGAAGCUAAUUCUGUAUCGCUUUCUAUUUGCCACAUUACUGUGCUCAUGGUUGGAUUAUCAGAUGCUUGCCAUUUUUUUGUGCAUUAAUUUAUUUGAGGUGAGACGACCACUGUUUUCUCUUAAUGAGAUAUUGGGAUGGACUCUUUUUUCGGUGUAUACCUCGACAAUGAUGUUGCUAAUAAGAUUGUGCAUGGUUGGUUAUGGUUUGAUUUUAUGCCACGUACAUUAUGUCAAUCCGCAAUGCUAUCCCUACAGAAUUUGGCGAGUAGUUAAUGAGUUUCCUGUACAUAUUUGCUUACUUUCAUCAAUACUAUCAGUAACUAUAGGAACCAGCUGGUUAUAUGCAUCUUUCGUGGAUUUAAUAGAUGUGGAUUACCUGUUAGGAGGAUCCUGGUACUAUCUUAUAACCUUUGGCUGCUUUAAUGGGAUUUCCUACUUUCUUAAACAUCAUGGAAGAUCCCUAAGAAGAUUUCCAUUGCCCAUAGUUCAUUUGGAUAUGAAGGGAAGCCUUAUUCAAAUGUGGUGUUACCAAUUCAGAAGUUCUGGAAAAGAAGCUUUGGUUCCCACUUUAUUAUUUGCCCUGAUUUACUGGCCAUCUAUGGCCUACUUGGAAACAACUACAACUAAUGGAGUCUCUACAGGAUUUACUAUGAUUAUAACGCAACCCAAACGACUUUUUCAAGGCUGGUUGCUAUCCACAUUGAUCACGGCUAAAUUACACAUUGUUCGGGAACUUUAUGGUUUGAUUAUGCAGCGCCAAUUAUCGUUAAUUAAUGAUUCAAGACGUCUGCACGAGUAUCUGGAUAUUAAUUUAUAUAAUCUUAUAUCGGCUCGAUUUCAAUAUUUUCUUUGCAUGAUGAGAAUGAAACCUAUGCCGAUGGGUUAUCAACGCUAUACCCUUUCCUUACCGAUCGCCAUGGCUUUGGAUACUAGCGAAACAUAUGGCUUUAGAUUACUGGCAGCCCGUGAUUUCUACGCCGCCGCGUCGGGCACUUUAUGUAGUGAAUUAUUCAAUCAGCCAGCUUUCAAUAGAACACGAAAUUGGAAUGAGCUUUGCGACGCUAUACUGGAAAUGGUGGAUGAGUUUCUGGGCAGAAUGGAGUCCUGUUUGGAGAUUGCUCCUUGCAAAAAAAUAUUCAACUUGUUGAAAAAUCAAGCGCCGAAGAAUCCGGGACUUCGAUCAUUAGUAAAACCACCUGCUCCACCAAGACGUCUACGAUCCACUUGUAGAGGCCCUCCAAAAUGUCAGACACCAGAGGAUUUUUGGUGUUUCUGUAAUCUGGGAAAAUAUCUAUAUGAUAAGAUACUAAUCUAUUGGGACUGUUUUUGGCUUAGAUUACCAGUGAUCCCGCAGUGGUAUUCUUAUUUUUACGACCUAGACACUCUGGCCAAACUUAACCAUGAAUUGAGAUGUGGAGAACCUUUGGUUUGGGCGCUUCAAGGACUCGUUUGUAUCUGCGUGACAUCCGUAAAAGAAGGUAGCUUUGUCUACAUCCAACGCGAUCUUGGUCGAAUUUUGGUAUGUUUAUUAAAGGUGGAGGAGAAACUAAUCAGCGCCGAGGAAAUGCAGGUGAGGAAGCGGGGAAAACUGUGCUCUAGUCAUGAACUUUUAAUUAUGGCCAUAAACCGAUGUUUGUACAAAAUGCUUUUUACUUUUGGCCCCCAUUUGGAUUUUUUUCUAGACGAUAUUCAUUUUAAGGCGAACUUAAACCAGAGGAUAAAGUUGCUGCCCUAAGAAUUUUUUUGUUUUGUUAUAUUAGAUUCUUUGUGUUUUUACCACUUGUAAUAAAUUAAAUAAUAAAUAAAAAGGGGGCAAUAUAGAUUUUGUAUAUGUAUUUAUCUAUCCCAAAUUUUUAGGAUUGCUAGAAUAUUUGUAGAUCAAUCAAUCGUUACAUUCAGUUCGAAUUUAAGAAUUAUAAUUUUAUUUUCUAAAAUGGGGAGUCAAAUGCAGUAUGUUUCAGACUAUUUUAUGUAUCCUUAUAUAUGCUAAGAUACUCUUAAAGAUUAUUAAGAUUCUUAAAAUAUUUUCCAUUUGUUACAAAAAGGGAAGUCUUUAAAUCGUCUCCGCUCACGCAAUCAUCUCAACAUUAUUGCUUUUUUGUCGCACUUGCCACGCACUUUCCACUUUUCCUCGCCGUAUCUCCUCUUCACUCCACCGUCUUUCUCUCUUCUCCUUUUCAUUUCUUAUCAAUAAAACGCUGCUGCUGUGUGCAUUGUUUGCUGGCUAAGUGGACAAACUCACACACGCACAACUGGCAGGGAAAAGGAACAAAGGAGGAGCCAAAAGAGAGUGGCGAACAAUUGAAUUUUCUACUUGUGCUGCUUCUUUCUCCGCCACUUCUUUUGCUUUGACUACUUUUUAUUCGUUUGGAUUCUCCUUAUUGCACCUCCCACGCUGUGUUAUCCCCUUAUCCCUCCCCUCCCUUCCCUUCCCCACGCUACUUUUUGAUUGCCUUUUGCCUUUGUGGUCGUCCGUAUCAUGUAAACGCUUUGUGUGCAAAAUAGAAAAUAAGAAAAACAACAAAAAC